AUGGAGGGUGCUGUGUGUCCCCAGCCGCCCUUCGAAGCCGAAUUCUCCGAGCUCCACCUGUGCAAGAACGAGCUCCAUGAGACGCUGAACAGCCUGUCCCACUGGAUGAAGGACGAGCACGUGGACAGGAGUCUGGUGACCCGGCUGGACUCGGCCUUCAUCCGCAAGGACCCCUAUGGCGUGGUGCUCAUCAUCGCGCCCUGGAACUACCCCAUCCACCUCGUCGUGGUGCCCCUCAUCGGGGCCAUCGCUGCUGGUAACUGUGUCAUUGUCAAACCCUCGGAGAUGACCAAAGACACAGAAAGACUCAUGGCUGAAGAGCUGCCCAAAUACCUGGACAAUGACUGCUUCGCCGUGGUGACCGGCGGCGUGCAGGAGACCACCAGGCUGCUGGAGAACAAGUUCGACUACAUCUUCUUCACCGGUGCCCCCGCCGUGGGGAGGAUCAGCAUGGCAGCCGCCGCCAAGCACCUGACGCCGGUGACGCUGGAGCUGGGGGGCAAGAACCCCUGCUACGUGUCCGACACCUGCAACGUGCAGAACGUGGCCCGGCGGGUGGCCUGGGGCCGCUUCUUCAACGCCGGGCAGACCUGCGUGGCCCCGGACUACGUGCUGUGCAGCGUGGAGAUGCAGGAGAAGCUGAUGCCCUUCCUGCGCGAGGCCAUCACCGAGUUUUACGGCUCCAACCCUCGGGAGUCCCCCGACUUCGGCCGCAUCGUGGGGGACAAGCAGUUCCAGCGGGUGCAGGCUCUGCUGCGCUGCGGGCGUGCGGCCAUUGGAGGACAGACGGACGCAGAGACGUGCUACAUUGCUCCCACAGUGCUGGUGGACUUGCAGCCCUCUGAUCCUGUCAUGCAGGAGGAGAUCUUUGGCCCCAUCUUGCCCAUUGUCAUUGUGGCCAACAUGGAUGAAGCCAUCGACUUUAUCAACAGCCGUGAGCGGCCGCUGGUUGUGUACGCCUUCUCCUCCGACGACAAGGUGGUGAACCAGGUCCUGGAGCGGACCAGCAGCGGUGGCUUCUGUGGCAACGACACCCUGAUGCACGCGACGUUGCCCUCGCUGCCCUUCGGUGGGAUCGACAGGAAGGAGGAGACAGUUAUCAGCGCACAGCUGGAUUUCCGUGGUUUCUGCCAGCCCGCCUGGCUUUCCCCGCUUGCUGCUGGCCAGCUUUCACCUCCCAACUGUCAUUUCACCCGUCCUUGGAGGGAGCAGAAGCUGGGCAUCGCCCGGGCCGCCUCCGAGGUGAAGCGCAAGGGCACCUGCACCCUGCUCUGA